CGGGAGCGGCGGCCGCGCGGGGGCCCGGGGAGGGGCGCGGCGCGAGCGGCGGCGGCGGUUCCAGGAUGAAGAGGAGAACUGGCCUGGGGGGCAGCAUGAGGUCAGUGGUGGGCUUCUUGUCCCAGCGGGGCUUGCAUGGGGACCCCCUGCUCACUCAGGACUUUCAGAGGAGACGCCUGCGGGGCUGCCGGAACCUCUACAAGAAGGACCUCCUCGGCCACUUCGGCUGUGUCAAUGCCAUUGAAUUCUCCAACAAUGGAGGCCAGUGGCUGGUCUCAGGAGGAGAUGAUCGCCGGGUUCUGCUAUGGCACAUGGAACAAGCUAUCCACUCCAGAGUCAAGCCCAUACAGCUUAAAGGAGAGCAUCAUUCUAACAUUUUCUGCCUGGCUUUCAACAGUGGGAACACCAAAGUAUUCUCUGGAGGUAAUGAUGAGCAAGUUAUCCUCCAUGAUGUUGAAAGCAGCGAGACCUUGGACGUGUUUGCUCAUGAAGAUGCAGUAUAUGGCUUGUCAGUAAGCCCAGUGAAUGACAACAUUUUUGCCAGCUCCUCAGAUGAUGGCCGGGUUCUCAUCUGGGACAUCCGGGAGUCUCCCCAUGGAGAGCCUUUUUGCCUGGCAAACUAUCCAUCUGCCUUUCACAGCGUCAUGUUUAACCCUGUGGAGCCCAGGUUGUUGGCCACAGCCAAUUCAAAGGAAGGAGUGGGACUCUGGGAUAUUCGAAAACCUCAGAGUUCUCUCCUACGCUAUGGUGGCAACCUGUCCCUUCAAAGUGCCAUGAGUGUGCGAUUCAACAGCAACGGGACUCAGCUCCUGGCCCUGAGGCGUCGCCUGCCCCCUGUGCUUUAUGACAUCCACUCCCGCCUGCCUGUGUUCCAGUUUGACAAUCAGGGUUACUUCAACUCUUGUACCAUGAAAAGCUGCUGUUUUGCAGGAGAUCGUGACCAGUAUAUCCUUUCAGGCUCUGAUGACUUCAACCUAUACAUGUGGAGAAUUCCUGCAGAUCCAGAAGCAGGUGGCAUUGGUAGAGUGGUCAACGGAGCCUUCAUGGUGCUGAAAGGGCAUCGGUCUAUUGUUAACCAGGUCCGAUUUAACCCCCACACCUACAUGAUCUGCUCUUCUGGUGUAGAAAAGAUUAUCAAGAUCUGGAGCCCGUACAAGCAGCCAGGAUGUACCGGAGACCUUGACGGUCGGAUUGAGGAUGAUUCCCGCUGCCUCUACACCCACGAAGAGUACAUCAGCCUCGUGCUGAACAGUGGGAGUGGUCUGUCGCACGACUAUGCCAACCAGUCUGUGCAGGAGGACCCCCGGAUGAUGGCCUUCUUUGACUCGCUGGUGCGCCGCGAGAUCGAGGGCUGGAGCUCUGACUCCGACAGUGACCUGAGCGAGAGCACCAUUCUCCAGCUGCACGCGGGGGUCAGCGAGCGCUCAGGCUAUACCGACUCCGAGUCCUCGGCCUCGCUGCCCCGCUCCCCGCCACCUACAGUGGACGAGUCUGCAGACAGCGCCUUCCACCUGGGGCCCCUGCGGGUCACCACCUCGAACGCAGUGGCCGCAACUCCUCCGCCACCCGCUUGUGAGGAUGCAACUUCCCGCCAGCAGCGCCUGUCGUCUCUGCGGCGCUACCAGGACAAACGCCUCCUGGCGCUCUCCAAUGAGUCGGACUCUGAAGAAAAUGCCUGUGAGGUUGAACUGGACACGGAUCUCUUCCCCCGGCCUCGGUCUCCCAGCCCCGAAGAUGAGUCCAGCAGCUCCAGCAGCUCUAGUAGCUCUGAGGACGAGGAGGAACUCAAUGAACGCCGAACGUCCACCCGGCAGCGGAAUGCCAUGCGGCGCCGGCAAAAGGCGCCCCGAGAAGAGAAGCCCAGCGCCCCACCCAAGCCCGCCAACACCUACAUUGGAGAAGACAACUAUGAUUAUCCCCAGAUCAAAGUGGAUGACCUCUCCUCCUCCCCCACCUCCUCUCCUGAGCGGAGCACUUCCGCUCUGGAGAUGCAGCCCGGCCGGGCAUCACCAACUUCAGACAUUGAGUCAGUGGAGCGCAAGAUUUAUAAAGCUUACAAGUGGCUCCGCUACUCCUAUAUCUCCUACUCAAAUAAGGAUGGAGAGAGCUCCCUGGUGUCUGGGGAAGCAGACGAAGGGAGAGCGGGAACCAGCCAUAAGGACAGCCCAGGCCCUUCCUCCAGUAAGGAAACCUGUCUAAACACCUUGGGGGCCCAAAGGAACCAGGACCUACCCCCUGAAGGCCGCAGCAAGGAUGCUUUAAAAGAAGGGACUUCUGCUAAAAAUCCCAGCAUUGCCCCAGGCCAUGAGCACAGUGGCCACUCUUGGGCAGAGGCACCAGAGGACACCACUCAGGACACUAACAACAGUGGCUCCGUAGAACACUCUUUUGAAACCAAGAAGCUCAAUGGAAAGGCUCUGAGCAAGGCCCUGAGCAGCCGGGCCGAGGAACCACCUUCUCCUCCUGUCCCCAAGGCAUCUGGCUCUACUCUCAACAGUGAGUCUGGCAACUGUCCCAGGACCCAAUCUGACGACAGUGAAGAGAGAAGCCUCGAAACCAUCUGUGCCAACCACAAUAAUGGACGCUUACACCCUCGCCCCCCUCACCCUCACAACAAUGGACAGAACUUUGGGGAGCUGGAAGCAGUGGCCUGCUCUUCUCCAGGACAUUCAGACAAUGACCAUAACUUGUCCUUCACAGGGGGACUCCUACACAAAGAUUGUUGUGGGUCUGAAAUGGCCUGUGAGACCCCCAGUGCUGGAAUGAGAGAGGACCCCACUGACUCCCCAGGCAUAGACAGCAGCAGGGCUGUUCAUGGCCAUGGUGGCCUCAAAAGGCACCGAGUCGAAUUGGAAGAUACAGAUUCAGAGAAUUCCUCCUCAGAGAAGAAACUAAAAACAUGAUAAAUACAAAGGGAAAACAAAAAGCUACAAAAAGGAGCUUUACAAAAAAAUUUUUAAUCCUGUUUAGUGAAUACAGAGGAAAGGAAAAAAAGUAUUAAAGGCACAUAAAACCAGGGCCUGAAUUUUGUGUCUGAUGCUGCUCCCUUCUGUUCAACAAUGGGUCUGAUGUUUAGUUGUCCAUUGGCUUGUGCUGUGCUAAGAAAGGGAAAAAAUCCAAGUGACUCCUUUCUAGUAAAACUUGAGCAUAGUGUACCUGUGCAGAUUAGAUUCCGUCAAAGUAAACCCUUGUUGAGACAUUUGAUUUGUUCUUGUGUGUGUGUGCACUGGUAUGCGUGAACUCAUUGUUUCAGACUUGUCCUUAGUUCUCCAUCAGAAAAGGAUCUAUGGAUCUGUGUUUUUUUUGCCAUCUCACCUUGUUUACAUGCAAUAGGUGUCCUGGUCUUAACGAUGAGUACCUGCUAAGUCAGGUUGUGCCGCCAGUGAGUAGUGGAUUUGUGCUGAAAGACUAGGGAGGAGAAUAGAGACAGGCCUUCAGCCCAUUGGCUGUUCUGGAAAGGAAAGCAUGGUUCCUUUUUAAAGAAAUCUUCCAUGUUUUCUCUCAGUAGCACUUCUACAUUGAGCAUUUAACAUAGACAUACUAAAAGUGAAGCAUUUUUAAUGCUAAUAAGAGGUUAGCACUUAAGAUCGGAUUCAAGAAGAACAUAGAUCUCUGAUAAAUUUCACUGAUUACAAAUUGAAUGAUGCUGCAACACAUACUAUAUGGAGGCCAUAAAAUAUAACUAGUUGUGGGUAACGCUUUAACCAGUUAGAUACUUAGUUCUAAGAGAUACUCAGAAGGCCGGCAGGCGCUUCCUUGGCCCUAUGGGAUGGUGUCUAGGCAUAUUGAAAGGGGGAAAGAUAGCUGUCAAGAACUUUGUGCUCAAACUACUAAAGUGGAUGUUAUAUGUGUGUUAAAAAGUGUAGUAAAGAGCAGAGUGUGGUACUAUAUUAAUUUAAUUCAACCCAAAAUGAUUGGUGAGAAUUGGUGGGCCUAGCAUCUUCCCCCAGGCUUGCAAUUGACAGAGGCUGUGGUGUUCUGACUAGAUCUUGCAGAGCAGUGGACAUCUUGAAGUAACAGAUUCUUAUUACGUAGGUCUGUUAGGAGGCAGUGUGUGUGGAGAGAGGAGUCACUGGUUUAAGACUCCUGGCGCCUAGAGAGACUCUGUUUCAUUGAGGUACAUACAGAUUGAGAGGGGAAAAGACCAAGAGAUUUUCAGCAUUGCAAUGGUAGUUACAGUCACUUGGUUAUCAAUGAAGGGUGGUGCAAGACAGGAAGGACUAAGGAUGACCAGAUAUCUUAUUGUCAUAGAUGUCAUGAAAAGGCAGGAGAAUAGUGGCAAGAAAUGAAGAAGAGAGAGAGGAGAACACAGUCACUUUCUUGGGCACAAAGGUGCUAGACAACUAGGAGCCCAGUCAGCAUUGGUGUAGGCGAGAACCAAUGUGUGACUGAUGUGGCCUCACUGAUCCUUUUAGAGGAGGACCUGCCCUACUGGAACUGGGACCAACGGGAGAAAACCUAUGCAGGAUGAAGACUCGGAUGGAUUUAGGCACUGGGGGAAGAGGGGUUAUUUAUAAAUAGAAGGUUGUUGGUUAAGCCAAAAGGAGAUAGCUUGCUAAGCUUUGUGAAAGGAAAGAUGUGCCUGGUCUGUGUGAUGUGACUUGGGAGUGAAAACUGUCUUAGGAGAAGGAGCUGAAGGAGUGUGAGUAGCAGUGGGGAUGCUUACAAUUUAACAAUUGUAAUCUCACUGGGGGAAUAAAAAUGGUUCUGUAACCAUUAGAAUUGCUUUGGAUUUGUAAUCAAAAUGGUUUUAUGAUUUGUCUUUGACUAUUCACAGAUAAUUGUAAAUUCUGGUUUUAUAAGCCCAAGUCAUUUUACAUUUGCUUUUCCAAAAUUUAUUAAAUUGGAAUUUUUUAAUCCUUUAUAUACUAAAAAAGA